AUGAGUAAAUUACAAUAUCAUCAGCAAAGAUCUUACGAAGAUGCACGUGAUGCUGCAAUGAACUAUGAAGAUGUUUAUUAUAAGGAGCUUUGUGAUUUAUUGUUCGAUGAAUUUCUAAGUAACAUUACAAACAUACCAUUCGACAGAACAAUUGAAAACGAAUCAUUAUCUAAUACUGCUCUACACAAUACUAAUGAAGCCUAUUGUAUCAACUGGUUUUAUACAAUUGAUCGAAAAUUAAUCGAAACCAAAACAGUUUACUCUUUUCGAUUCCCCAAUCUAUGGAAUCCGGAAUUAUAUACAAUGUUUGAAAUAAAAACGAAUCCUCGAUUUUCACCAAUACCAUACAAAAGACACAAAUGUGAUGGAUGGUACAAAUACCGGGGAGAUGACUUGUUGAAACAAUUAGACGAAUUUCUAAAUAUUAGUAGAGUUGUUCGAAAUACAACACCUCACAACACAAAAUUAUUUAUUAAUCCAGAAAAAGAGCGAUUGGAUAUAGAAUUCAACUUUCCUGCCAUCAAUGAACGAAUAUCAAUAACUUUUGAACCUGGUACUCCAAUGACUCCCUCUCAAAAUAGAUAUGUCUUUAAUGGAUCUUUUUAA